CUCUCCCGGCCCGGGCGGGCGCUCGCCCCCGGCCGGGCCCGUGGACAGGGCGGCGGGGGAUGCACCCGCCGCCGCCCCUGGCCCGGCCUCCUCCGGGCCCCGCGUCCGCCGUCUGCUGCCCGCCCCGUCCGCGGCCCCGGCCUCGACACGCACGCGAGGGUCUGCGGCCGCGUGGGACCCUCUCCCCUCCAGCCUCUUCUGCCCGUGGGAGCCGAGCCCUGCAGGUCAGCGCGGGCACCCAGUCUCUGAGCCAUGCUGGGCCCCGGGCGGCCUACAGCGAGCCCAACCCCGGCGCCCACAUAGUCAUGAACAGCCACAGCCACAGCCACAAUGGCUGCGGGGGGCGGCCACUGGGCAGUGGGCUGGGUGCCCAGGGCAGAGAUCCUUCGGAGCCCGAGGCUGGCCACCCCCCGCAGCCCCCACAUGGCCCGAGCCUCCAGGUGGUGGUGGCCAAGAGCGAGCCAGCCCGGCCCUCACCCGGCAGUCCCCGGGGGCAGCCCCAGGACCAGGAAGAGGAGGAAGACGAUGAAGAGGAUGAGGCAGGCAGGAGGAGGGACUCCGGGAAGACCCCGAACGUGGGCCACCGCCUGGGCCACCGGCGGGCGCUCUUUGAGAAGCGGAAGCGCCUCAGCGACUACGCCCUCAUCUUUGGCAUGUUCGGCAUUGUUGUGAUGGUGACCGAGACGGAGCUGUCCUGGGGGGUCUACACCAAGGAGUCCCUGUACUCAUUUGCACUCAAAUGCCUCAUCAGCCUCUCUACCGUCAUCCUGCUGGGCCUGGUCGUCCUGUACCACGCCCGGGAGAUCCAGCUGUUCAUGGUGGACAACGGGGCGGACGACUGGCGCAUCGCCAUGACGUGCGAGCGCGUCUUCCUCAUCUCCCUGGAGCUGGCCGUGUGCGCCAUCCACCCGGUGCCCGGCCACUACCGCUUCACGUGGACCGCGCGGCUGGCCUUCACGUACGCGCCGUCGGCGGCCGAGGCCGAUGUAGACGUGCUACUGUCCGUGCCCAUGUUCCUGCGCCUCUACCUGCUGGGCCGCGUCAUGCUGCUGCACAGCAAGAUAUUCACAGACGCUUCCAGCCGCAGCAUCGGCGCGCUCAACAAGAUCACCUUCAACACACGCUUCGUCAUGAAGACUCUCAUGACCAUCUGCCCGGGCACCGUGCUGCUGGUCUUCAGCAUCUCCUCCUGGAUCAUAGCUGCCUGGACUGUGCGUGUUUGUGAGAGGGAAAACAUGUACCAUGACAAGCAGGAAGUGACCAGCAACUUUCUGGGGGCCAUGUGGCUCAUCUCCAUCACCUUCCUCUCCAUCGGCUAUGGCGACAUGGUGCCCCACACCUACUGCGGGAAGGGCGUGUGCCUGCUCACUGGCAUCAUGGGGGCUGGCUGCACAGCGCUCGUGGUGGCCGUGGUGGCCCGGAAACUGGAGCUCACCAAGGCAGAGAAACACGUGCACAACUUCAUGAUGGACACUCAGCUCACCAAGCGGGUAAAAAAUGCCGCUGCUAACGUUCUCAGGGAGACGUGGCUCAUCUACAAACACACCAGGCUGGUGAAGAAGCCAGACCAAGCCCGGGUUCGGAAACACCAGCGUAAGUUCCUCCAAGCCAUCCAUCAAGCUCAGAAGCUCCGGAGCGUGAAGAUUGAGCAGGGGAAGCUGAAUGACCAGGCCAACACUCUCGCGGACCUGGCCAAGGCAGAUCUACAUACAGCCUCCAAAACUGAAGAGAAAAACAAAAUUCUUUCGCAGUGGAUAUAAAUUCAGAUUCUAGAAUCCGCAGAAAGCUCAUUUGUACAGCAAUUCAGCCUCCCUUGGGAGAUUAAAGUUGGUGGCCAGAGCUCUCUAAGACCCGUUUGUGUUACACACGAAUCUCUCUGCUGGUUUUAUUAUCAAGCCUGACUCCAUUUCCCACUUUUUAUGCAUCCUCCAGAAGAUGGGACGUUUGACCCAACUUCUGUCAGGCAGGCUCUUAGCAUACGCGCCCCACUGUCCUAAACUCCCUUCUGAGCAGUGGCCUACCUUCCACGAGUGGUUCAUGCGUGAACUCUGCUCACUGGCUCCCUCCCCCUUAUUUAGCUAAUUAGGCUGAGGUUCAUUUAAUAUUAUCUCUGGGAAGAUGUUAAGUCCUAUUCUCCUUCUUAUACCCAGAGCGUUUUGGACUCAUUCUCUUCAACAUUAUCAAGAGAAAUGCAGUAUAAUAUUAACCUACAUAAAUUUAAUUUGGAAAGAAACAUUAUAGAAGGGGGAAAAAAAAAACCCAUAUUGUGGAUCCCUGAAGAAAUCACUCAGUUGGUAGUAGAAAGAACAUAAUCCUGAGAGCAGACAGAAACCCUCACCAAACUAAUUUGAUGUCAUAUGAGAUUAGAGCUAGAAAUACAUAGGAAAUGCCUUUGAAUAACUCAGGUACUGGUUAUUAUCAUUUGGAUCAUCUAUAUCGCUCUUUCUUCCAUUAGUACAGAUAUUGAAGUUUGAAUUUUUCAAAGUUAUUUAAACCUUGCUAUCAACGGCAGUACGCCCCUCUCAGAGUACAUUUAACAAAGCCUGCUUUGAAGUAAGGCUUUAAUUGGAUAGGAUGGUAGGGGUUCCUAAUGAUUAAAAUUUAACAAGGUUAAAAUGUCGUCCGGUAUUAAAACUUUAAUGUGCUCCUACCCAAGACUGCUGAUUUAAUUUGUGUAUCCCCGACCAAAGUACAAGGUGUCUUCUAAGUUUUGAAGAAUUGAAACCUCAGAGAAGCCUGAAAAAAAUCAUCAGAGGCUGGACGCCUCUAGAUGUUACCCUGUGGCCCUGGGGACUGUGGAAGAGGGGGCCCAAAGGGUGUGUUCACCCUGGGGCUGGGGUGCGUGGGCCAAUAACAAAACAUGGUGGGGUCACCCCUGAGGCUUGGGCACGGAGGCUGGGAGGGAGAGGCUGGGGUGGAAGGAAGCAAGAUGCUGGUAGCUGCCUCAUCCUGUCCCCCUCCCAUGGAGCGAGGUCAGGAGGGGGCCUCUCUCCCACCUCAGCAUCUCUCCUCCCGACUCCGGCCAGGGGGUGGUCAGCCACUGUUGGCCUGGGGGUCUGGUCAACCCUGAGGGGUGGGCAGAGACAAGGAACGAUGUUCUAUCGCCACCUGGUGGCAAGAGUGUCACUGCACCCAGGUCUGUCUGAGCCGCGGGCCUUCCCUUCCUUUCCCCGGGCCCAUCUGGACAGCGGCAGAACCGGCUCCUGCUUGCUGGGUUGCGGGGAGCAGUCCAGGUGCUGGAGGUAUCCCAUUGCCUGCUGCGAUGGUCAUCGUCCUAGCUGCUCUGCCCCCUGGUCUGUGAUUGGGUCAGAGCCUUGGAGUCCGGUUGUCAUGGCUGCCAACCCGGCUCCAUACCCCUGCCCCAUUGCUGACCCUUGUCCCCUCCUCAGCCUACUGUGGAGUGCAGGGGGGACAGUUCUCAGCUGAACCUCCUCCCUCUCAACCACAUCUCCAGCCUGGAGCAGUGUCAGCCCAGAACCUGCCCCACCCCCCACCGACCCCAGUUCUGCAGGCCAUGGUUCCCCUGCGCGAAGGCAGCCUCAAGACCACUCUUGGGCUUCAUGUGCCUGGUGGCCAGUCCAUCCCCUCAGGGCGGCUCUGGCCACAUCCACCCCAGGACUUCCUCCAACCUUCCUCAGGCCUGCUGGUCUCCCGCAUUUGAGACCUGUCUCUCCUCUUGCCUCUUCUCCUCCCAUUCCCUGGGGUACAGCAACGGGGGUACAGCAGGAGACCUGUGGGGUCAGGGUGCCCUCACAGUCAUCUCCCACUUGGGUCCCUCUUAGUGGGCUCCCACCUUACUGGCGCUGGUCUCCCGUCUCUCUCUGCGUCUGUCCCUCCCUCUCUCUCACUU